AUGUCGACAACCGCUCUGAUCUUGAUCAGCUUAUUUGUUUGCUCCUGCGUUGCGGUAGAGCUCAUUGGCAAAGAUCGCGAGUUGCUGGAAGAUUCGGUCACGGGUCCGAUCGUGCAAAUGCAUUUCCGUGGCAUCGACAAGUCUAUCAUAACGUUGAUGCAGUUUGUUACCCUCGAUUCCGUGGCCAGCAUUUAUUUCCCAUUGAUAAUGCAGAGGCCAUAUCUCAGCGUGUUCUUCCUGGGUCUGAUCGUAGUUAUCUCCAUCGGUCUCAUGAACCUCGUGACGGCUGCUGUGUUGGAGAAUGCAAUGCAAGCAGCUGUGCAAGAUGCUGAAGCAGAGAAAAGUGCGAUGCUAAACACUGUCAAGGAUGCCAUUCCGGAGCUGUUAAAGAUCUUUCAAAGUAUCGACAAGGACAACAGCGGCAUUUUGACACACGAUGAGGUGGAGUCCGUAGAAGUUGAUAUUCUGCCGAAGAAAUUCCUCCAGACGGUGCAUGUGAACAGCAUGCUCGAGCUCUUUGACUACCUCGACGUGGAUCAAACUGGAGAGCUGACGAGAGAGGAGUUCAUCGAGGGUCUUCUUGAUCUUUGCCUGAGAGACAUGCCUUUGCCAUGGGUGCAAAUGUUGAAGCUUCUCCACCUAAUCUUGGGGAUGUCAAAGAGGAUUGACACACACCUUGAAGUCCUGCGUUCCCGGCAGACUCAGACAGCUGUCGUUCUGCCAUCUGCAAUCUAG